GUAGGCAGCCAUUUCAGAUCGGGGAGAAAACAGUGAGGAGUUCUUGCUUCAACAGUGUUUGAACGGAGCUUCUUCUUUCGUCCCGCUUUUUAUCUCCAAACUAAGACACUUUCCGGACACGAAGAACCUUCGCUGCUUGAACACAACUGACCAAGUCGACUAAAGCUCUAUUUUUGUACCGUUUUUGUUAAGAAAAACAAACGCCAGCCAAAAUGGAGUCCCAGGUGCGUCAGAACUACCACCGCGACUGCGAGGCCGCCGUCAACCGGAUGGUGAACAUGGAGCUGUUCGCCUCCUACACCUACACCUCCAUGGCCUUCUACUUCUCCCGUGACGAUGUGGCCCUGAAAGGCUUCUCCCACUUCUUCAAGGAGAACAGUGACGAGGAGAGGGAGCACGCCGAGAAGCUGCUGUCCUUCCAGAACAAGAGAGGAGGACGCAUCUUCCUCCAGGACGUCAAGAAACCGGACCGUGACGAGUGGGGGAGCGGGCUGGAGGCCAUGCAGUGCGCCCUGCAGCUGGAGAAGAACGUCAACCAGGCUCUGCUGGACCUGCACAAGCUGGCUUCUGAUCAUGUCGACCCUCAUCUGUGUGACUUCCUGGAGACCCACUACCUGAACGAGCAGGUGGAGGCCAUCAAGAAGCUGGGCGAUUACAUCACCAACCUGUCCCGCAUGGACGCCCACAACAACAAGAUGGCGGAGUACCUGUUCGACAAGCACACCCUGGGGGGCAGCAGCUAAACGCCGCGUGAAAUUGUUAACAACGCAAUGGCUUUAAUCUAAACGUCACCUUUCUGUUCCAGCUGCGAAUUCACUGAAUGUGAUUUUUACAUCUAAUCUGCUUCACCUGUAACGUUGAUAAGUUCUUGGAUGUUCUGGUGGUGUUGCUGUUUAAAUGUCAUGUAGAGAUGGAUAUCUAUCAGGUUAUGGCUUUACACUCAUAACUGAUAAGCCUCCGUUGGUGUGACAUUUGUAAUUGUGACUAAAUGUUUCUGAUCUGUUCUUAAUCUGAAUAAACAUUUUGAGCUGGA